CUCUAAUAAAAGUACCUCUAUCCAUUCUCUCAAUCAUCAUCAUGUCUUCCCAAAACGACCGUGCCAUCUACUUCCGCAGCCUCCACCACCCCGGCAACCCGAUCGUGCUCAGCAACGUCUACGACGGCGCCACAGCCUCCUACAUCGCGGGCCAUGCCACCACCAAGGCCAUCGCGACGGCCAGCUACGCCGUGGCCGCCUCGCAAGGCAUCGCCGAUGAGUCGCUCACUCUGCCGCAGAACCUCGCUGCCGCGCGCACCAUCGCCGCCGUCGUGGCCGCUACUACGUCCCCACAGCUGCCCCUGACCGUCGACAUGCAAGAUGGCUACGAGGACGUCGCCCAGACUAUUAGGGACGUCAUCGCUCUCGGCGCCGUCGGCUGCAACCUGGAAGAUUUCGACAACGCAGCGGGCAAGCUGCGCUCGCUCCCCGAGGCCGUGAACCGCAUCCGCACCGCGGUCCAGGCUGCCCGCGAGGCUGGCGUGCCAGAUUUUGUGAUCAAUGCGCGCACUGACGUCCUGGGCCCAGCGGGGACGGGAUCUAUCGAGGACGCGAUCGAGCGGGGAAAGGCGUUUCUGGAUGCGGGUGCUUGCACGGUGUUUGUGUGGGGGCCGGGCGGUCGGGGAGUCUCUGGGGAUGAAGUCAGGGAGCUGGCGAAGGCGUUGGGCGGGAUGGUUAAUGUGAAGCUGAAACUUGGGGAUGGAUACUUGACGGUGUCGGAGUUGAAGAAGAUCGGAGUUGCGAGAAUCAGUCUGGGGCCGGAGUUGUGGCGGGCGGCGAUGGGGGCGUUUAGAGAGACGGCGGAUCGGUUGUUGGCGCAGGUUUCGUAUGAUUAG